UUGUACUUACAUAAUCAGUCACAUGAUGUCGCUGUACACUCAAAAGGUGAAAAGUAAAAAUUUUGCCUCCGCGCCCAGAGUUCAUCCAUUGGCUGAAUAAGAUCGACUCCAUGUUGACCGGAAGGCUGGGUAAAUUUUACUGUAUAUAUACCUACAGAAAGGGAGACUGAUUAUAAAGAUUUUCAGGUGAGCGAUCCCUUAAAUCCACCUCAGAGAUCUUGUUAACUACAAUGGUGUUUUCCUGGAGAGGAGGCCCAGGAGCCUCGCGACUGCUGCUGUCGCUUCUGCUCCUUGCAGCUGGGGAAUCCGGGAGCUGCCAGGUCCACUACUCGGUCCCGGAGGAGGCCAAACACGGCACCUUCGUGGGCCGCAUCGCCCAGGACUUGGGGCUGGAGCUGGCGGAGCUGGUGCCACGCCUGUUCCGGGUGGCGUCCAAAGGCCACCGGGACCUUCUGGAGGUAAAUCUGCAGAAUGGCAUUUUGUUUGUGAAUUCUCGGAUCGACCGGGAAGAGCUGUGCGGGCGGAGCGCGGAGUGCAGCAUCCACCUGGAGGUGAUCGUGGACAGGCCGCUGCAGGUUUUCCACGUGGAGGUGGAGGUGAAGGACAUUAACGAUAACCCACCAGUGUUCAGAGAAGAACAACAAAAGGUACUGAUUUCUGAAUCUGCGCCGCUGGAUUCUCAUUUUCCUCUAGAGGGCGCUUCCGAUGCGGAUAUAGGCGUCAACUCUCUUCUGACCUAUAGGUUAGGUCUAAAUGAGUAUUUUACUCUUAAAAUAAUAACGAAAAACGAUAAAAGUAAAUUGCCUGAACUAGUUUUACGGAAGUCAUUGGAUAGAGAGGAAACUCCAGAACUUAAUAUAUUGCUGACCUCCCAGGAUGGCGGUAAACCCGAGCUAACAGGAUCUGUUCAGAUUAAAAUAAGCAUUCUGGAUGUGAAUGACAACGCUCCGGAGUUUGAUAAGCCUGGCUAUAAAGUAGUGCUGUUUGAAAAUGUCCCAAACGGUACAAGAGUGAUACAGCUAAACGCUUCUGAUCUAGACGAAGGGGUGAAUAGAGAAAUUUCCUAUGGAAUCAGACUGAUUUUGCCGGUGAGUGAGAAAUGCAUGUUUUCAAUAAAUCCAGAAACAGGUGAAAUCAGAAUUUACGGGAAAUUGGAUUUUGAAGAGAAUAUUGAGUAUGAAAUUCAGGUUAACGCCAUUGAUAAAGGGAUUCCUUCCAUGGCAGGUCACUGUACAGUCCUAGUCGAAGUUCUGGAUCUGAAUGACAAUACCCCUGAGGUAAUGAUCACUUCGCUGUCGCUACCCGUGAGAGAGGAUGCUCAGGUGGGCACUGUCAUCGCCCUGAUCAGCGUGUCCGACCGUGAUUCCGGCGCCAACGGGCAGGUGACCUGCUCACUAACACCCCAUGUCCCCUUCAACUCGCCUCCCCCUCAGGGAAAUCCCCUGGUUGUAGGGUGCAAGGCGAAAUCUGGAGAUAUUUUUUGUAGCUCGGAGAUGUUUUUCAUAGAACUGAUCAAUAUCCCUAUUUCCCUUCAGGGGACCGGCCUAAAAACGAAACUGGAGAACCUAUGGGUGGCUAGCGGCGCUGCGCUCCUCCGCACCGGCCAGCCCCGCUUUCCCAGACGGCUGCCAAAGCUCCAGUCCGGCGAGCAGACCUUCCAGCCCGCCAGUCCCGGGCAAUUGCAGUAUAUUCAGGAGGCCGAACGUCGGCGAUCUGUGCCCUUCUAG